GUAUGAAAUCAGUGAGCUGGCAGUGUGACACAGCUGCAUUUCACCUCCUCAAACCGCCUUUAGGAACAAUUUGCAUGAAUUUCCCUUUUUCUCUCAAUCACAUUUUUGCUUAAUCUUUUAAAGUUUUUAGUCUUCUACUGGAGAGAUGAUGGCUUUUCCAAAGGAGAUCCUUACUUUUAUUUUAUCUCUGAUGGCACCUCUUGUACUUUAUGCAUCAAACAACAUUUCUGCGUUGCAAACGCCACUGGUUAUCCUGGGGGUAGAAGUAGCUGUUCUUGCUGCAGUAUUCUUUAUGGCAUAUCUGUGUGUUCGAAAAGAAAAAGCGGUGGACUUCCUGUUUUAUGUAUUCGUUGUGUUUUCUUUCACGUCCAUCGUUGACCUUGUGUGUGCUCUUGAGCUGGAUGGAUAUAUCAAGGGCUUUGUGGAUUUCUAUAUUAAUAAGGGAGAACCGUAUUUGAACACAGCACAUUGCAUCAUGAAGAACUACUGGAAUGGAGGGGUGCACUUUGUUUUGCUCCUUUCCAUUAUCUACCGCAUGCGGAAAGGGAAGCCAUAUCGGAACUUGGCGCUUCUUUGGGUGGGUUCCAUGGUAGCCACUCAGAUCGUCUUUAUUCCAAGCAUUGUUAUAGGUAAACAUGCUAAGAACAUCUAUCCAGCAUUUGGGCUCAGCCUCUUUUUCCUGAUUCUGUCCAUAUGGACAGCAGUAAAGGUUUUUAAAAGGCCCAGAGAGCUGCCAAUCAUUCCAGCAGACAAGGUUGCAGCAGAUCAGAAGAAAAGGCUUUUGUAUCGCCCAAAAGACUUCCUGCUCACACUUACUUUGCUCGGAGCCAUGGCCUUCACUCUGUUCAGAGGAUUUGUUGUCCUUGAGUGCACGCUGGACAUGUGUUUCACCUACAUUUACCAGUACGAGCCCUACAUGAAGGACAGUGUUUCCUUCCCUAAGGUCAUGAUGUUGGUGUUCCUCUUCUACGUUAUGCCCCUGCUAACCAUGUUAGUUUACGGGCUGACCGUUCCAGGAUGCACUUGGAUGCUGGAUUGGACUUUGUUGCUCACAGGAGCUAUGGCUCAGAUGCAGUGGACGUACAUCGGUGCGUCCGUGCACUCUCGGACGCCCUUCACCUAUCGCAUCCCUAAAGAGGAGUGGAGGCUAGUCAUGACCCUUAACCUUGUGUAUUUAGCUGUCCCUGUCCUGCUAGCUGCACGCUGCUACAUAGACCCAGCCUUUUUCAUGAAGCCGGUGCCUCCAGGACAAGCAGACAACGACAAAAAGCGCAAGUAGAUGCAUAAAACCCAAGCAAAGCAAAGUUCUUACGUACCUACAAACUUAACUACGUAAGUGAGACAGUGAGUCCCCUGAUUGUGUCUGGAAUCUGAAGCUCCCAGUGGUGGACUUCACCUCAUCUCCUCUCCUGAAUGACCCUUGUCUCUGCUGUGUGGAAUAGAAUCAGCUCUGCUGUUCAAAAGCUUAUCUCUGCUAGAUGAAUGAGUCAUUUGAUGCAAUCCAGACAGUAACUCUGGACUCUGGCACACACUUUUCUGCCAACACAACACAGACGGCAGAAUUACUUCAUACUGUGAGUCUUUGAGGCUUGAUUUCAAAGCUACAUUGUUAUCUGCAAAGGUAUCUUGCAAAGAUCUGACAGUUAAAUCCUCUCUUCCUAAUGAGCCAUUGUGAUGUACAAGAAAUGUGAUUGUCUCUCAAAGUGGUUUAUUGUAGACAGUUUUCUUUCUAAUUAUCUUGCUCAGGAUUUUUUUUAUCUGUUGUUUAUCUGUUGUUGUUUUUUGGUUUCGGAGGAUUUAUAUCAAACGGCUUGUGAUGAGGUUGAAACUGAUCUUUUGCAGUAAUAAUAAUAAUAAUAAAAAUAAGAAACAAAUCAGGACUUUUUUUUAAAGAUGCACACCAGCAGCUCAUAUUUGGUGCACAUUCCCUGAUAUGAAUCUAUAGUCUUGUGAAAUGCACUGUUUAUUAUACUCAGGGAGGGAGGUGCAGCUUGUAAGGAAACUGUAAUGUGCGUGAGGUUUUAUCAGUUAGAUUUCCUUUCCAUGUUUGCAAACUCGUUCUGCUCUUCCGGCCAAACCCCUGACUCUUGUCUCUGUGCUUUAUCAAUGACAUCAUCCAGGUCAUAGAAUUUCAAUGAUCCCACACAUGGCCUAGUGAACUCUGACCCCACAGUUUUACAGAGAUUACUAAGGAAUGACUGCAGGGUUUUGCAACGUCGCUGUUAAUCAGAAACCAUUACAGAGCUUUGUUUGUGAACUUCGGCAGUCAAAGUGACUGAUAAAUAUGUUAGUAACACUUUAUUUAAAGGAACACAUAUAACUUGUUAACAAAAGGUUAUGUUAUUUGUUUAAUAAAGCUCUAAAUUGCA